CGCUGAUCAAAUGGGGAAACUCACACAGUAACAUCGUUUUAAAGUGAACAGCCGCAAAACCUCAUUCGUCCUUACACAAACAGCCACACACAUAACAGAUGAACUGGGGAAACAAAAAGACAUUGUCUCUUCUUGCAUUGAGUUUGAACACAAGUGCUGCAACGCUUAAGCAGCACAUCCACUGCAGAACCCUAGUUAAAGUUCGUCUGAAAUGGGCCAAAAACAAGACUUUAGACAACAUAAUCGAUACACACACUGAUCUCAAAGCUGCUUAUCUUCUCAAAAAUGCAAUUGUUCGCUCUUCUGCUGGUUAUAUCACCUCUAAAUCGAUCUCUGAUUGGCAAAAACUCUUAGGCCUGACGAUCCCAACUCUCCGAUUUAUUCGGCGUUACCCAACGCUUUUUCAAGAAUUUGCUCACCCCAAGUACCCUUCUUUGCCUUGUUUUCGCCUCACGGAGAUUGCGGCUAAUUUACAUGAUCAAGAAGUGAAAAUCUUGGAGGCCCAUGAGGCUGUUUUGGUGGAAAGGCUUUGUAAAGUCUUGAUGAUGACUAGAAACAAGAUUGUGCCUUUUGAGGCACUGUAUCCUUUGAAAUGGGAUUUGGGUUUGCCUGAUGAUUUUGACAGGGGUUUGGUUUUUAAGUAUUCGGAUUGUUUUCGGGUUGUUAAGGAUGCGAAUGGGGGUUCUUGUUUGGAGUUGGUGAAAUGGAAUGAGGAUUUUGCUGUUUCUGUUUUGCAGAAGAGAUAUGAGAAUGUGGAGGGUGGGGAGAAUGAGUUCAGGAAGUUUAGGAGAGGGCAGUCUUCGAUGGCGUUUCCGCUUAGGUUUCCCAAGGGUUAUGGUGGUCAGACGAAGGUGAAGGAAUGGAUGGAAGAGUUUCAGAAGUUGGCUUAUAUUUCACCUUAUGAGGAUCCAACUGGCAUUCAUAUGAGUAGUGAUCUUAUGGAGAAGAGAAUUGUUGGUUUACUGCAUGAGUUCUUGAGCUUGACUGAACACAAGAUGACGAAAAGGAAUUACUUAGGGAGCUUGAGAGGUGAAUUGUAUCUUCCUGAAAGGUUUACCAGAAUUUAUACUAGAUAUCCUGGAAUUUUUUACCUGUCGAUGAAGUGUAAGACGACUACUGUUGCAAUAAGAGAAGGGUAUUGUCGUGGUAAACUAGUGGAGCCUAGUCCACUUGCUAAGUUAAGGGGGAAAUUUUAUCAUGCAAUGAGAACUGGAUUGAUGUAUCAGAAGAAAGGUGUGCAUAUGUUACCUCAACUUGCUGGUUUAUCUAGUCGUGGUUGUGAAGAUAAUAACGGCAAGGAGGGAGAGAAGGAUGAAAUGUGGGAAGACUGCAAUGCUGAUGCUUCUUCAGAAUCGGAAGAAGAGUUUGAUGGUGAUAUUCUGGAUGUAUUUGGUGAUGGUAGUUUGUAGAUUCUGAGACUUUGAUGAUAUAAGCUAGCCUCUAUUUUACAAAGUAAAAGAUGGCAAUAUUGGUUCUGGUGAAAUUACUGCUCUUAAAUUGA